AUGAAUUUUCUUAGUGUGUGCAACCCAAACCUCGAGUUUUUAUACUGUGUAGCGCGUUGGGAGGGUUCGGCCCAUGAUGGAAAGGUUCUUAGAGAUGCAUUGGCUAGGCCGAAUGGGCUACGAGUUUUGAAAGGAAACUAUUACUUGGUUGAUGCUGGGUAUAGCAAUUGUGAAGGCUUUUUAGCUCCAUUCCGAGGACAAAAGUAUCAUUUGAAAGAAUGGGGAGGAGGCAAUAUGCCAUUGACACUCGAGGAGUACUUCAAUAUGAAGCAUGCAAUUGCAAGAAAUGUUAUAGAGAGGAUAUUUGGUAUCUUGAAAAUGCGAUGGGCCAUUCUACGUGAAACUAGUUGGUUCUCUCCCGAAGUUGUUACCCAACUGGUCAAUGCAUGUUGCUUAAUGCAUAAUUUUAUAAAACUAGAGCAAGGGGUUGACACCUUUGAAUGGGAUUAUAGAGACAAAGAACCCGAGCAGCAUCCUUCAACAAUUGUUGAAAAAAUUGAACUUAUCUCGGGAGUUCAUCCUUCCCAAGAUUGGACUCAGUUCAGAAGUUUUCUACUGCUGCAAUUUCUUUGUACUGUUUUGGUUUGUAAGAACUUACCAGAUGUUAAAUGCCUGGAUUUGUUGUUAUCUUUGCAUUGA